CCUGUUCUGUUUCCGGUGUGGAUGCAGCCGCAGCAGCUGUUUAUGGUUCAUCCAAAAUGACCAAACUGCAGCUACUGAACGCCUACCUGACGGAGCGGCUGACGGUGGUGGUGAAAGAGAUCCUGGACGUGGUGGAGGACACGGUCACCGAGUACCGGGAGGAGACCGCCAGGACCAAGCGGGAGAACGAGAGUCUCCGGAGGCAGCUGCGGGACAUCCUGCUGCUGGAGGCCGAGACGGAGUGGCUGAGGUCGACCCGGUCCAGUCUGGGUUUUGCGUCUCCGGAGCAGCAGCCCUGUGAUCCAGAGCCGCGGCCGCGGUCAGAGGAGCCCGACUCCACCCUGAACCAGCCCAAGCCUCCUGAGCAGGUGUCCUCUGAGACGUCCCCGCUGCAAGACGAGAAGCCUGCUGAGGCCUGGGAGCCGCUGCUGAAGCCGGACCCUCAGACGGAGAGCGCUUCACCGCUUCCCUCUCACUCCGCAUCGGCCCCUCAGGACCAUGUUAAGGUUCCUGCACUGCGAGAGGAGCCCCGGGCCCCGGCCCUGAUCAAAAGUGAGCCUGAGGAAUACAAAGUGAGUGAACCUGAAGCUCAUACAGACGCUGUGAGGAGCAGGACGCUGGUGGUGCGUGCAGCCCGACAGGAAGCUCAUAGAAACAGGAAGUCCUCUCAGGAGAACCUCGCAGCGGAGGAUGGCACGACGGCCGGUUACAUCCCCGAGCUCGUCCACCGCUGCCCCCGCUGUGGCGAGGCGUUCGGCCAGGCCGGCAGCCUGCGCCUCCACCUGGAGCAGAAGAGGAAGACCUACGCCUGCGACUGGUGCUGCAAGUCCUUCGCGCAGUCGGCGGACCUGCGGCGCCACCUGCGCACGCACACAGGCGAGAGGCCGCACCGCUGCACCUUCUGCUCUAAGAGCUUCAGCCAGAGGGGAAACCUGCGGCGCCACCUGCGCAUCCACACGGGGGAGCGGCCGUACAGCUGCCCGUACUGCUGCCGCACCUUCAGCGACGGAGACACCAUGAAGAAACACAAGCGCACGCAUUCCGGAGAGAAACCGUACCGCUGCGUGCGAUGCUCCAAGAGCUUCGCCAGCGCCAGCGGCCUGCAGAUACACUUAAAGAAGGACGCGUGCUUCGUGGCUGACGCCUGAUUGGUCAGCUGCAGGAUGUUCACACACGUCGCUCGGCAUCAAAACUCCCUCGACUGGAAGGAUGUGACGUUUAUAUUUAAAUGUGCAUCAUCACACAAACUCUUCAUGUCGGGGCACGUCAGGCUGCUGCUUCUCUUCAUCUUCAUCUUCAUCUUCAUCUCCACAGCUUCACCUUCAUCUUCAUCUUCACCUCCACACCUUCUUCUUCAUCUCCACAUCUUCAUCUUCACCUCCACACCUUCUUCUUCAUCUUCAU